GCCACAUUGCCACAGAAACCAGCCAAGACGCAAGUUGCAGGCGUCUGUCUCGUCUGUCUGCUCUCUUGCUUUUUUUGUCGUCGCUAUUCGUGUUCGUUUCUAUCUUGCUUCUGCGAUUUCCGCAUCGCACAGUAUGUUGCCCGCGAACCCUCAAGCGAGGCGAAGCCGCCUCAAAAUUUUCAACGCCGUGGUCUGCGUCGUGGGUAUUCUGGUUUCGGUGUACGCGUACAUAGUCGAAACGCGUGCCGAGGAAGACCCCAACUACGCGCCGAUGUGUGAUCUCAGCCCGAACGUCAGCUGCACCAAGGCGUUCAAUUCAGCGUACGGUAAAGGAAUGGGACUUCUCCAACAUGUUGUUGGUUCCGAAUCUGUACUCGUUCAGCCGAACAGCGUCUACGGAAUCAUAUUCUACGUCAUCGUCUUAAUCUGUGGCGUGUUUGACGGAAACCGCUGGGACAAGUUGCAUCUCGCUCUCUGCAUACUGUCCAACAUCACAUCAGUCUACCUUGCCUACAUCCUUUACUUUAUACUCUACGACCUCUGCGUGGUUUGUGUGACGACGUACGUGUGCAAUGCCCUGCUUCUCAUCGGCAGCUGGUAUCGUCCGAGUGCGGUCGUUGCAAAACCGAAAGUGUCGUAACUCAAACUUCUGCGACUGUGAUGCAUGCACCCAUUGGCUGCUGACCAGUCUGAUAAAGCAAAAAUGUUCAAUUACAUUGUGACUGUAUAACUUUGCUGCUUAUGUACAAAUGUGACAGCGAUGAUGUACUCCUACCUAGAAAGCUUUACGAUUUUACGCCGAUCUCGUAUUACCUCUUUUUCUUGUUAUUUGUGUUCAAGAUGAGACAUAUAAAGGAUUUGCACUGUAUCUGCCAUCCGAUUCUUAGAAAGAACUACUUCAUGGUUAACUGCUUACACAGCCUACCUUGUUUUGUCUGUUGUGACACAUAUGUCGCCAAAGUUCUUAUCAUUGCAGACUUUCAUUUUUAUUAA